AUGGACCAGCCAUCAUCUCGGCCGAUUGCACCCGGCUCAAAAUCGAAAGACCGGACUCGGUCUCAGAUCGUUGGGAGUUUUUGGAUUGUGAUCAUUCUCAGCUUGCCAGUAUGGUGGAGCACGACCAAGAUUGAGAGACGCGCUCUACCCAGCUCCGAAGUCGAAGCUUGGGAUGCUCUUAAGCCAUGUCCGAUUCGAUUUCCUAUCAAAUUGACAUCAAACUUACCCGAAAUCACGUCUGCCUCGAUGAAAUCUCAAGUCGAAAGGUUGGCAUCCCGUUUGGGAAGUGGAGGCGACACCUACCACGAUGCGAUCGACAUAUUGACUGCUAGAUGUUUUGAUUUCAAUGUCGAAUCAACCCCUGCCUCAGCUUCUGAAAAUGGUGUCGUCUUACAUCGAUCACCUUCAGAUAUUCGGAAUCACUCUGGGAGUUUUGCCUUUCAGAAAGACAUCAAGAUUCCGCUUACAACUAGCGAUAAGCCCAAUGAAUUACUCCGAUUCAUCGCCCCGCUUCCCAGCUCACCCUCCUCUACACAAGCUGCAGACUCGCGAGUCAUAAAAUAUUCUUCUCAGUUAAAGCUUGUCUUCAGUCUCAUGAAUGAAGAUUGCAGUCAAUCAGGUUUUAUUCGAAGUUGGAGUAUUAAGCAUGCCAUCGAACUUUACCUGGAAGAUCUUUUGGCGAAUCUCGCACCUCUGCACAACUUAACAUGUCAAACGCAAAUUCUGCAGAAUUCCCCGCUAGCUUUUGAGCCGACUCUACUGUCAAAUGGACAAGACUCGACGUAUGUUGUGGAACAAGAGGAGUUGAAAGCGUUCAUCAAUGAUGCGGAUUGGAACCUUGCCUCGUCGGUGACCAUGGAGCCAGUACUAAACUUUGUGCUCUGGGUACCUUCACCUGACCACAGACCAUUCAAAAUUCGACGCACAGAUGGUACCCUUGAUGCCGACGGCAGUUUCAUUAGGCCGCAGUGGGGAAGCGUGGUGAUCUACAAUCCCGACCAGACUGCUAUCGGGGGACAGCCGCGGCUAGGGGUAGCCGAGCUUGCCCGACCAAUGCAAAUCUUUCGACAUCAUCUGCUCAGCCUCUUAGGUGUCGUUGAUACUCUCGACACUCCUGAACAGCGUGCGCUCGCACUUGACGCGAUUGUGAGACGUCGGAUUGUGGAAAACAGCCUCGAGGCGAUCAACUCGAUGCAAGUAAUCGUCAAAUUGGUUCAUGAUCAAACCAACAUGAGGGUUUCUACGGAAGUACAAAACCAAGUUAAAGGCGCUCUGGCAAGUCUCAAGUCUGCCCAGGAGGAACUUAUUAAACCACAAGGUUCACUAUGGACAGCAGCGCUCCACGCCGAUGAAUCAAAGACGUUAUCUUCAACUGCAUUCUUCAGUCCAACCAUGCUCUCUCUGCUGUAUUUCCCGGACGAACACAAAUACGCUAUUUACACUCCUCUCUUUGGUCCCGUGCUCGUACCACUAGUGAUUGCUCUGAUCAAAGAGUUGAAGUCUCGUCGGAAGAAAAACUCGGUGAAGGAAAAGGAAGAGUAA